GAUAAAAAAGUGUUUGACUUUGAACAAAAUUAUAUUUAAAAGAAAUAAAUGUGUUGCUAAAAUCGCUUAUGAAAGUGGUAGAUGAAUGGAUGGAUGCUAAAAAAAGUAAGGGAUGAGUUGGGGGGAUUGAUCGCGAAUGGAGGGGGGGGGGGAGGAAAGGAAGGGACAAACAAAGGAGACGUGUAUUAUAUAGGGAAUGUUGUUGGUUUUAAAAGCGUCCUGGUCGAGACCGCCGGGAAAAUAUUUUUGUGGAUUGGAGGGGGGAAAGGCAUGCGAGCGAUAAAAAUGAAAAAAAAUGGGAGGAAGAGAUGGAAGAAAGUAAAUAAAUAAAUA